AUGAGACGAAGUAACGACGAGGCGAGGUGUAGGUUCAUCACCAUCGCUGCUUCGUUUCUGUGUCUCGCGGUCGCGAUAGGGAGUUCAAUUGUUACUGGAGACAUAGAGGGCCCCACGCGAGAGCUCCGCAUCAGACAAGUAAUCACAAACCUCACCGUAACAUGUUUCGUCAUGGGCUUCGGUAUUGGUCCACUCUUCUUGGCGCCGCUCUCGGAGAUAUUCGGACGCAAACCCAUCUAUUGUAUCUCCAUGUUCUUCUACUUCAUAUUCACCCUUCCUAGCGCCCUAGCCCACGUCGCAGGGACGCUCAUCGUCCCACGGAUGAUCGCAGGCCUCGCAGCUUCCGCUCCCAUGUGCAACGUCGGCGGAACGAUCGCGGAUGUCUGGGAGACGGAAAAUCGGGGUGCUCCAAUGGGAAUUUUCUCGGGGACAAUCUUCCUAGGCCCCUGCGUUGGGCCCAUCAUAGGGGGCUGGAUCGGUCAACGUGCAGGCUGGCGCUGGAUUUAUUGGGUCCUGUUUAUCUUCGUCGGAGCCACGUUCCUAUUCACCCUAGUCAUGCCUGAAACCCUGGCCCCAGUUCUGCUCAAGAAGAAAGCCGCAAGGUUGAGAAAGGAGACUGGGGACCCAAUGUAUCGUACUCUUGAGGAGCUGGAGAAGAAGCCGUUCAAAGAAGUGGUGGUAAUCGCGUUGUUGAGGCCAUUCAUUAUGCUCUUCACCGAACCGAUCAUCAUCUGUAUGACGGUUUAUCUGUCAUUCGUAUACGCGCUCCUCUACCUCCUUUUCUUCGCCUUCCCUAUCGCGUUUGCAGAGAUCCGCCAUUUCAGCUUGGGGAUCACCGGGACUACGUUUGUGAGCAUCAUGAUAGGCAUCAUCGGCGCCCUCUGCCUUAUCCCUGUGCAAGAAAUGGUGUACAAACGCGCGACGACGCAAGGGGACUACCCCGAGGCAAGGCUCUUUCCUAUGAUGUUUGGGGCUCCGAUCCUACCAAUAGCACUGUUCAUAUUCGCUUGGACUGGGGCAUACGCCCACGUCCACUGGAUAGCACCUCUCAUCGCAGGGGUCCUCUUCGGGUUCGCCAUGCUGGCCCUGUACGUCUCUGCCAACUCAUACAUCAUUGACUCCUACUCCGCGUACGCCGCAUCCGCCAUCGCGGCCAAGACGUUUUUAAGGUCAGAGGUGGGCGCGGUGGUGCCCGUGUUCGUCACACCGAUGUUCCAUAACAUGAAGUUCCAGUGGGCGGGGUUUUUGUUGGCGAUGAUUAGCGUGCUUAUCGCUCCGAUUCCGUACAUAUUUUUCAUGUAUGGGGAAAGGGUUAGGAGGAGGAGUAAAAAGGCGACGAAGGCGGUCAAGGGGGGUGGGGAGGGGAGGGAGAAGAAGGGGGAAGUGUGA